AUGUGUGAGCACAUGUGUGACCGUGAGCACGUGUGCAAGCAUUGUUCCCCAGCCCCCAGCUGUGUCCCUACAGCCUGUCCCCAGGGCGGGGAGGGGGGCGCAGUCUCCACCCCUGCUGUGAAUUGUCCUCGCCCAGCCCCGCCCUCCAGGGCCCCUGAGGGUCUGCGGCCUCCGUCACUCAGGGAGACACCAGAGCCCAGUGUCGCCGCCUGCUGGCCCCUGGGGGACGGCCCGCUAAGGAGAAAGCCGGUGUCGCCCCAGUGCUGUGUAGGUGCACCUUCGUGGGGGCGGAGGCUGGGGAGGAAGGCAGGGGUCGGUCCCGGCUGCCAGCCAGGGUCGGACGUGGCUCUGGCGUGCGUCCUGUCCUGCGUGGACCCGUCUCCUCCACUCAGCGCCUCUGUCCAGCACGGGCGCAGCGGCAGGGCAGCCAGCGACAGCACUGGGACAAGAGCGGGCGAGCCAGGGGACGCCGUGGCGGCUCAGGGCUGCGUGAGGGCCCGCGCUCAGCUUCGGGAGGGGGCGGCCUGGCUCGCAGCACCUGGAAAUCCAGAUGCGGGGACAGCCCUGCCCCGGCCCCUCCCCAGCACCCACAUCUCGGGGUGCCCCGGGCCCUCCCCAGCACCCACAUCUCGGGGUGCCCCGGCCCCUCCCCACCACCCACAUCUCGGGGUGCCCCGGGCCCCUCCCCACCACCCACAUCUCGGGGUGCCCCGGCCCCUCUCCACCACCCACGUCCUGUUUGCGCAGCCCUGGCCGGUGCCGCUGGCGCCGUUUCUGGGCACACACCCCUCCUGGGAAUCAGAGCUUCCGGAUCCUUCCCUCAGCCCACCCCACCGUGGGUGCGAGCAGUCGGCCUCCCUGGGGAAGCCCUCAGAUGAGGGGCCGGGGAGGGCGCUUGGGGGGGUCUCGAGCUGUGACGUGAGAGCAACACCAUGCGUGCCCGCCCCAGGCUCUUGCUGAUCUGCGGAGGCUCCGCCCCUCCUGUCCGUGGCGGGAGUCACAGACGCUCUCCCCUCUGUCCCCAGAGCCAGCUCCUCUCCUCUGAGGGCCACGCCCGACCCCCUCUCCCACCCAAGAGCCCCAGGGCAUCUCGCACAGCCUGUGCACUCACGGGCCUUGGGUCAGUGCUUGGCAGUCAGAUUCACGGUGCGAGUGCUCUCUUUACUCCUCGUCUUCACUAAGACUUCAGCGUGGCACCGGUGCACUAAGCUGCCCACAGCAGAGCGCUGGUUCGAGUCCCGGAUGCUCCGCUUCUGAUCCAGCUCUCUGUUACGGCCUGGGAAAGCAGUAGAAGAUGGCCCAAGUCCUGGGGCCCCUGCACCUGCAUGGGAGACCCGGAAGAAGCCCCUGGCUCCUGGCUUUGGCCCAGAGCCCACGGGGACUGACCUGCGCACGCCCCCCCGGGGACCCUGCCAGCAACAGUCGUCACCGGAGGCCAAGCCGACAGGGCUGCCCGAACCACAGCAAACCUCUUCGUCCGAGUGGGUGUCUGGCCCACCACUGACCCAUGCUGGAUUCCGGGCCAGCUCCCUGCUGACGCAGACCCUGGGGGCGGUAGCGAGUCCCUGCGCACACAAUGAGUGCCCUCGAUGAGCGCCCAGCCUUGGCCCCGGCCCAGCCCCCGGCCGGAAGUCAAUCCAUCCACCAGUCAACUCGAAAAGCAAAGUAGAACAAACCCCAGGUAUUCCGUUAUAGCAGCAACGAGCUGGCUGGCCCAGGACAGGGCGCCCACUGGAGACCUCCCCUGCACGGCCCCCGAUGGGCGCCGCAGUGCCGUGGGCACAGACACAGGGGCCACACUGCCGGCCUCGGGCUUGUGGGGGCCCAGACUCCAACUCCCUCCACCAGCAACCCCCCCCCCCCACCGCUUCAGCUGCAACUUCUGAAUCUUAUUCUAUGAAUAGAACCAGCAAAUUUUUACAAUCAUUUUUGGGGAGAACUUUGAUUAAUGUUUGUACCAUUUACCUACUUAGUUAAUUAAACUCCUUUAAACAUCUUAAGCUGCAAUCAAAAUUUAUUAUACUGAGUUGUCUACAUUUUUCAAUUAUCUGACUAACGAAUUUUCCCGAGUUCUUACCUGAAUCUUAUAAAUCAGAUACAUUAAACGUGCAAUUAUGGUGAUUUUUAAAUAUUCAAAAACUGUUUACCAACUUGGGAAGAUUUCAACUUGCAAUCAGAGGUAGAAAUCAACGACUCAAGGGCCCAUUUAAAAUUAGAACCGCAAGUCUGAUGCUGGCACUCAGAUUGCCAAAUUCUCUUGGAAGUUUUACCUCCUUCAGCCGCCAAAAGACACCCGCGUCUGAGCCCAGCACAGCAACACACAGGCCGCCUUCCGCCGCCUCGUCACUGCUUCACUCAACUCCAGAUUCCUCCUGCUGGGCCUGGCGUCUCCCUCUCGGGGCGUCCGUGCCCAGCGGGUGUUCCUGACGUUCUGGUGCCCACCAGGGUAGAGCUGGUCAGACAGGGCCCACGCCACCGCGGCCCCUCGCGCCCACUGCUGCACAGCACCACAGGAGGCCCCAGGGCGCCACGCCGAGUUCUCACCAGGCCUUCCGCGGUGCAGACACGGCUGUGACAGCAACCACCCACGGGCUGGGCAUCA